UUCAAAAAAAUUAUUUAAAUGCAUCCCUCUGAGUGCAAUAGCAGAUUAUAUCAUUUCCAAAGAUUUUUUGUAUGUGGAUGCACAGAAAUGCACCAGGAAGUGCACAGAAGAGUUCCAAACGUUUCAGCCAAAAGAUGAGAAACUACAACACCCAGAGGGCUUUAUCAACCUUGCUCCCCCUGCCUUUCUCAGCGUCAUUCCUGUAUUUUACUCUGUCUACAAUAGUUCUUCCGCUGGAGUGGGGAAGCAGAGACAGUGGGAAGACUAUCCAGGCUCUGCUGAUGCUGUUCUGCCGAAACCCAUCACCAUAUUCUACCAAACCCUGAUCCACAGCGUCAAACAGUGGAAAGAUGAACAAUAAUGGCAUUUUCUGCAGCUACCCAGACUCUCCGCGAAGAUCCAUUCAUGUGAAAGAGUAAUGAUAUUUCACUACCUGCUUUUUUUAAAUGCCCUUCUUUCUAAACCCAUCAAUGAAGCAUCCGACGCUGAGCGUUCACCUUUCCCCCAAAUGUCUCAAUGUAGUGCGAGACGGGGUUAAAUAAAUAUCUUUUGCAGGCAGCUGCUGUGCAAUUGCACUUGUCUUUUCUUUCAAAAACAAGAGGGAAAGGAGCGUUAUCGAAAUGAAUUUUUGUCCCAUUUCUCGUUUUCUGCUGUUGGUUUGCUCUUUGACUGAAUGGUUGCAUUGCAAUGGAGAGCCGUCAGGGAUCAAGGUCCCCCUGAAAAAUGACAUCGGGAUCCCCAGCAGGUUGACCAGAGCUGCUGAUGAGGCUGGUCGGAGACAAAGUAUCAAUUUUAUGGAUAUGGUUGAUAAUCUGAGAGGGAAAUCCGGACAGGGAUAUUAUGUGGAGAUGACAAUAGGGACACCCCCUCAGAAGCUAAACAUCCUGGUGGACACUGGUAGCAGUAACUUUGCUGUUGGUGCAGCAGCCCAUCCAUUCCUGAAGAGAUAUUAUCGCCGCAAUCUCUCCAAUACUUACCGAGACCUGAGGAAGAGUGUCUACGUACCAUACACCCAGGGCAAGUGGGAAGGGGAGCUCGGGACAGAUAUCGUCUGUGUUCCGCACGGUCCAAACGUCUCAGUCAGAGCAAACAUUGCUGCCAUCAUAGAGUCGGAUAAGUUCUUCAUCAAUGGCUCCAACUGGGAGGGGAUUCUGGGAUUGGCAUAUGCUGAAAUUGCCAGGCCCGAUGAAAACUUGGAACCCUUUUUCGACUCGCUGGUGAAGCAGACCCAGGUCCCCAACAUCUUCUCGCUGCAGCUUUGUGGAACAGGCUUCUCCUUGAACGACUCAGACUCCACAUCGUCUGUGGGAGGGAGCAUGAUAAUUGGUGGAGUUGACUCUUCACUGUAUCUGGGCAACAUCUGGUUUACACCAAUCAGGAAGGAGUGGUACUAUGAGGUCAUUAUAGUAAAGAUUGAGAUCAAUGGACAGGACCUGAAUCUGGACUGUAAAGAGUACAAUUAUGACAAGAGCAUCGUAGAUAGUGGAACCACCAACCUCAGGCUACCCAAGAAGGUGUUCCAAGCCGCAGUGAAAUCCAUCAAAGCCGCGUCUUCUACGGAGAAAUUCCCCGAUGGAUUCUGGUUGGGUGAGCAGCUGGUUUGCUGGCAGGUUGGCACCACGCCCUGGCAUAUCUUCCCAACAAUAUCGCUCUACCUCAUGGGGGAGGCCACUAAUCAAUCUUUCCAAAUCACUAUCCUACCACAACAAUAUCUGCGUCCAGUCGAAGAUGUGGCCACUUCUCAGGAUGACUGUUAUAAAUUUGCCAUCUCCCAGUCUACCACAGGAACGGUGAUGGGUGCCGUCAUCAUGGAGGGGUUUUAUGUAGUCUUCGACCGCGCUCACAAACGCAUUGGAUUUGCAGUUAGCACCUGUCACGUGCACGAUGAGUUCCGUUCAGCCACGGUGGAGGGCCCCUUCUUUACCACAAACAUGGAGGACUGCGGCUACAACAUUCCCCAGACAGAUGAGUCAACGCUGAUGACAAUUGCAUAUGUGAUGGCAGCCAUCUGCGCCCUCUUCAUGCUGCCCUUGUGCCUGAUGGUCUUUCAGUGGCGCUGUUUCCGUUGCCUUCGCCGAGAGCAUGAUGACUUUGCAGAUGACAUAUCGCUGCUGAAGUGAAUGAUGAAGAACUAUUCAAAAUGGAAGAAAACUUUUUUUCCUUCUCCUUUUUAACUAAGAAGCAGUUUACAAUGAUGGAUAGAAGAGCAGGUGUUUCAAGUGUCAAAAUCAAGAGUUAUGGCUAAUUUGAGACUCAACAAUUUUAGUGUAGGCAAGAUUACUUCUCAGAUAUACAGACCCUUCCAUAUUACAUUAUCAUUCAUUCAGUCAGGUCAUUUCCUCGAACUGUGAUUGAACAUGCGCAGGACAGACCAACAGCCUAUUGACAGUGAUGUUCGAGAGUUGAGUAAGUCAACAGGUACGCAAACCCCUCCCCACAAGAGAUGUCAAACUUAAUGGCAGACAUCCACUUAAGUAUCUCUAAAAAAAAAAACCUCUAAAUAUAAGCCACAUGAAAUAUUUUUCAUUUGUCAAACUCAUCUUGGGUUAUAACCAACAGAAUUCCAUCGUAUGUUCUGCUGGACUAAUGGAAAAUAUGCGAGCAGUAGAAAUAAUUGUUAAUGACAUCUGCUUGCUUAUUGUUGAUCCCUGGCCUGAGUAGUCUGGCAAUAGCUGUUAACUCCUAUAAAUUGAGUGCAAUACAAUUUUACACUACCAGCACAUUUACACUACUUUAAGGAUAUCAUUCACAAUGUAUAGUGUAUACAUUUAUGUGUAAAUAUCUAGAAGUGUAUACAUUACAGCAUUGCAUAUUUAAGUUGCAUUCCAUUUACAGGGCAGCAUCGGAUUAUUGUGACAUUGCACCUCUAUGUUACAAUGACUUUUUUUUUUCUUUUUCCUCCUGAAGACCGUGAACCCUCGCACAAGUACCUUUUAAUAGAUACUUAAGCCCCCUGAGUACUUGUCCUAAGUAGCCAUUUAUCAAAUGCCAGCCCAAUAAUAAAUGUCCGUCACAGCUGUUCCUGAUGGUGCCAUUUAAACAAUGGGUACUUUUCCCCACAGAGCGCAUUGGAUAAUGAUCAGUAUCGGGAACUGUGGCUGAUUUUCCCUACCCAAGCCUGGGCUGGUGUAGCCAGUUGUACUGUUUCCUAACUGUGAGAUCAGGUAGCUCAGCACACAGACUGAGAUCAGGUAGCUCAGCACAGACUGGAGAUUGAACUUGGGAUUUCCUGGCUUGCAUGGGUCAUUUACACAGUACCUUCUUCAGCUAAGCCACUGAGAGGAAUCUGUACAUUUGAAACAUGGCUGAUGUUACAGUACAACUACAACCCAAUUGCCUUAUACAACUCUUCUUGAGAUUACCCACCUCUGGUCACUCUAAUGAUCUGAUGAUGUUUUAAUAGCAGUGCCUCAACCUGGAUCCAGAAGGCCAAUGUUGAAGCUGCAGGUAUUUGUGCGAUCCUUCUGCCACACAAGUGAUUUUUAACACGAGUUAUAUUGGCCUUAUUUACAUGAAUGUCAUAUUGGCCAGUCUUUAUACACCAACACCUAAACUGAUUAGUCAACAUUCAUUUGUUAAUUUGCCAAAAUAUUAUCCAUAUCUAACCAUAUCAAACUGCUGGUAAAACUAAGUGGCAGAGUUAAAGAAGGCAACAUUGCUUUGUUCACAGGUUUCACAUAUUCAUAAAAAUGGGAUACAAUUUAUGGAUUCAAGUUUUGAUAACAUUUCAACUUGUUCCCACAAAGUUGCUCACUGUUAACAUGGAUUUCAACCAUUUGUUUAGUAUCUGGAUAUUUCAGCCUGUGUUAAUGCAGAUUAAUGCAAUUGUUGGCAAAACUUAUUCAAUGGAAUCAAUUGAGGUGAGUCUUGCACACUUGGCCAAGGACAAGAUGGAGGUUGUGUGACUGUAAUUAUAGGUGGUCUGCAAUAAUGUGUUACCAGUACUUUUGUGGAGCAUAUUCUGAAGGAAACUUGAUGACAAUCGUCAGUACCCUGGGAUGAGCUCAAGGCAGUACAGUCCUAAUAACUGUAACAUGGCUCAAGACAGCAUAGAGACUGGGUAGUGUUGCAAUGGGGGAGGGAAGGAAAUAGCAGAAGGAGACAUAUCAGGGAAAGAUAGAGAGGAGAAGAGACCAGAUUUUGAGGAGUGAAGGACGAGGAGGAAGGGAAGGGCAAUGAUAGGAUUGGUAAAGGAGACAACUGAUUCAACUUCCAGUGGGAAUAGAGAAGACACAAGGUGCAUUCAUGAUGGUAGCAAAGGAAAGAGACUGAUCUGGUUCACCAGGUGAGAGGGGGUACUGGACAUAGUCAUGAUGGAAAUGAAUUAAGGUGUUGAUGGAAGAAUGAAAGAGAAGGAGAGUAAUUGAGUGGUGACAGAGCAGAGACAUGAUAGGGAGCCAGAAAGGACAAUAACAGAAUCACAUGGGAAGGAAAGUUGGCUCAGUAAGGGAGUGCUGCACCGUUCCUACAGAUUGGGGAAAGCAAAUCUUUUUUUUUUCAGGCAGACAACACAGUGCAGAGGCACUAAUAACAGCUUCCUGCUGUUAGCCAAAGAAAUUGGCUAUUUCUUAAGUGACAAGAGUGUAGGGCAAAUGUCUAUAAAUAGAAAAUUUGUGCAUCUAGCCUGCAUCUGUCCCAGUGUAGAUAUCACACUUGAAUGUGUCCAAAGCAUUUAUAACGACAAAGAAAGCCAGCCAUUUUCAGCUGUUUUUUUUCUGACUUUUAUAGCUUGGCCUUUCCUCAGUGACAGAAGGCGACACGUUUACACACAACUGUCAAUCUUCAGCAACUCUGCCAACAAUGAGCUGCAAUGGACUUCCGAACGUGCUCAUUGGCAUCACUCCCCCCGUAAUAUUAACCGAGCAAUUAAAGGGGACAGUCUACGUUAAACAUAGCUCCAUUUUAGCAGCUAAACAUUACCAAGUAUGAUCCCAUUCCCAGAUUAUUCAUGAUCAGUGCCUCAGGAGAUCAGCAAUACCUUUGAAAAAAAAAAGCACCAUGGUUCCUCCACUUGCUCAAUAUCCUAGCUAGAUUUACAAUUCUGUUUUAUUAUGGAAAUUAAUAUUUGUCAAGUUCUAAAAUCUCUGAGAAAAGUUACCUUUGACCUAACAGAGGUUGUAAACGUUAGGCUGAUUACUAACCUGGUUAAUUAAGAAAGCGAAUGCACACUUAAAUUAAACCUACAAAUUGGCUAUGAACGUGGAUCUUUUCAAUGGGAUUUUGCCCUCCUUCCAUCAGUUUUUCCCUUCCUGAUUUGAGCAGAAUUUACAGGCAAUCUAUAUUAAAAUGAUGCCCUAAUUAAAACCGCGUCACAGGUUGAGUUCAGCUCAGAUACAGGCCAAUAUGAGUUUAGAGCCAUCAUCCGUUCAGUAGAUACAAUUAUACCAAGUGGUUCGGGUCAAAAUACACGGCUAGGGUUGUUUCUCUUAUAGGCCGGGAUUUUCCGGCCCCAUUGCGGACGGGACCUACACAGGCGAGGCAGCGCCCCAGCCAGAAGCCCAUUGACUUGCGGUGGGACCAGAUGUUCGCAGCGGCGGGCAGGUGUGGAAAAUCCCGCCGAUGUCUUUUACUCAUACGAGUUCUUCAUAAUCCAACACUGAUUUAUAAAAGGGAAACAAUUGGAUUGUGGCCGAACAAGUUAUAUUCCGCGCCUUACUGCUAACUUGCAAACUGCACCUUGCGAUCUUCCUGACCGCAUCAACAAAAGAGCAAAAUUUACAAAAUUAAUUUAAUUGCAACUUUGAUAUUCAAGGGAGUAUCUCUAAAUUAAAACAAAAAGCGAUGGAAGAACUCAGCAGGUCUGGCAGCAUCUGUGGAGAGAUAAACA